GACAAGGUCACUAGCUUUAACGCAUUGCAAUGAGACAAUGUUCCUAACUCUUAUAUCUGAUGAUGUCUUCAAGAGGAGCAAUCAUCAAUUUUCUGUCUCAUUUUAUACCUCAUCAAGACUUUCAUCAGAUUUGCAAGCUAAUAUUGAUCCAUCCUCAUGUUCUCACUCAAGCCCCUCACUCUAUCAAAACCCAAAGGCUACACUAUCUUUGCUUCUCUUAUCUCCUUGGGCGGUUUCCUCAAUGGCUAUGAUACGGGAUCCAUUGGUGCAAUCACCAGUAUGCCAUCUUUUACCUCGAAAAUCGGAGAUCUGUCGCCCCUACUCCGUGGCUUCACAGUUUCAUUAAUCAUGAUGACUGGUGCUAUGCCUUCUGUUUUCGGAGGGAAAAUGGCGGAGAAAAUCGGUCAUCUUUAUGUGAUUAUGGCUGGAUCGCUUCUCUUUGCAUUAGGAACGGGGAUGGAAGCUGGUGCAGGAGGAUUAGGCGUUCUAUUAGCGGGAAGGGCGCUCGCUGGGUUAGGCGAGGGUUUGUGGUUAGGGUGUGUUAGUGUAUACAUCACAGAGACAGCACCAUGUGCAUCACGAGGAAUGCUCGUUUCGCUACCACAAUUCAUGUGCACAGCCGGUGUAUGCGCGGGAUAUUUUACUUGUUUUGGCUCUGUGCGUUUGGAGUCUUCGAUGUCGUGGCGAGCGCCGUUUAUUAUCCAAUCGUUACUUGCUGUUGUGCUCGCGGCCUUCUGUGCUUACUUGCCGGACUCACCGAGAUGGCUACUUCAUAAAGGGAGAAGAGAAGAAGCUUUGCAGGCACUGGAAAGAUUGGGGAUCGAGAAGGAAGAAGCGGAGAAAGAUAUCUUGGUUCCAGUUCCAGUUGCUGUGGAUGUAAAGAAGGGAAUCAGGGGUUUCUUGAGAAUUUUCGAGAGAGAGUAUAGGAGCAGGACUUUCUUGGCAGUUUUUCUGUUGGGGGCGUUACAGUUAAGUGGGAUUGAUGGGGUUUUAUAUUACGCGCCAACUCUCUUUGAAACUGCAGGUCUACCCGGAAAAACGUCCACAUUUCUGGCUUCAGGUGUGAGUGCCAUACUUAUGGUCGCCAUCACCAUCCCAGCUACCCUUUACGUUGAUCGAUGGGGGCGUCGUACAUCCGCUAUUUUUGGAGGUAUCAUACUGUCUUCGUCGAUGUUUAUCAUCGGUGCAUUAUAUCUUUCGGACUCUGUCCAUUCCUAUGGGAUUGGACGCUGGGUUGUCGUGGGUUUAAUCUUUAUAUUUGCGCUAACGUAUUGUGCGACAUGGGCGGUUAUGGGAAAGAUUUAUGCUAGUGAGAUUCAACCUAUGAAGACUAGAAAUGAGGCGAAUAGUCUGGCUCAGGGGGUGAGCUUUUUCGCAAAUUGGUUGGUAGCGUUUUUGACACCGAUUUUUCUGGCUCAUUCUAGUUACGGUGCUUAUUUCUUGUUCGGGGGCUUCUCAUUGCUGGCUGUUUUUGUCAUGGCUAUCUGGAUGCCAGAGACGCGAUUGAGGUCUCUAGAGGAUAUCCAAGCUGGGUUUCAAAGACUGACGGCGAAGAGUGGUAAUGAUGAUGAGAAUGCUGGUGGAAAAUUGAAUGGUGGAAUGAGGUUGAGAAGACUAUUGAAGGGACCGGUUUUGGUUGGACUGGAGAGACAUACGGAAGGCGUGGUAUUAGGAAGCGGAAGUGAUGCUAGUGGUCUAGGGCCGAUGAGGAUUGAGUUGAGUAGUGUUUAGGGGAAGGUUAUGAUGGUACCGGUACUAAAGUUGCUGUGAUGUUGGUUCGGAUUCAAGGAGAUUUCGAAUGUCUCACAAUGACAUAAUGAAGGAUUUGACAUUUGAGCCUAGUAUAAAGCACAGUAUUUUAUCAAUUUGUCCGAAUUCGGACUAGCCAUGCCAAAGAGAUAACAAGGACAUCAAAUCUGAUGGACUGGAACUAUAGUACUAUAUAUAUACAUCAAAUCUAGAUCUUUACCAUAACCAUAGUAAUCACAAAUUCAACUCUCUAAGGUAAACCA